GGUAGCCUCCAGUUGUCAGCAAGCCUCCUGCCUUAGCCUCCUGACUUCUGAGAUUGUAAGUGUGAUCACCAGACCUGACUCAUGAGCCCUGAAUUCUUACAUGCUAGAAGCAGCAGAAAUGUGGGGGUCCUUACAAAGACUUCCAUGAGGACCAUUUUGAUUCUCCCACCACAGUCUGUGUCCUAAAGUUGUAGGUUCCAUGCCAACUGCAGGAAGCGCUGGUUCCGUUCCUGAAAACCUGAACCUAUUUCCAGAGCCAGGGAGCAAAUCAGAAGAAACAGGCAAGAAACAGCUCUCAAAGGAUUCCAUCCUUUCACUGUACGGAUCCCAGACGCCUCAGAUGCCUACUCAAGCAAUGUUCAUGGCUCCUGCUCAGAUGGCCUAUCCCACAGCUUACCCCAGCUUCUCUGGGGUUACACCACCUAACAGCAUCAUGGGCAGCAUGAUGCCCCCGCCAGUCGGCAUGGUAGCUCAGCCAGGAGCUUCUGGAAUGGUUGCCCCCAUGGCCAUGCCUGCAAGCUAUAUGGGGGGCAUGCAGGCUUCAAUGAUGGGUGUACCGAAUGGGAUGAUGACCACCCAGCAGGCAGGCUAUAUGGCAGGCAUGGCAGCUAUGCCCCAGACUAUGUAUGGGGUUCAGCCAGCUCAGCAGCUACAGUGGAACCUUACUCAGAUCCUUUCCGUGUAGAGAGGCCAGAGACAUACCUAGGCUUGCCUUUUUUUCUCUAGAAGGCCUGUUUGAAGUUAAACUUUCUUAGGAAUCCUGAGUUCCUGUGGAAUGAGACAUGUAGUCUAAAUCUGAGUCUCUCUAUAACUUCACAAAAGCAAAAACAGAGAAAGCUCUGCAGACAAACAAGGAAUACAAACCAAAUCAAGGAAUACAAACAUAACUAUGACUGUCACUGUCACAGACUUUGAAUGACAUGGCAGGAGGCGUAGAAACACCCGAAUCCGGAUGAACCAGCACCGCAGAAGGACCUGCAAAAAGAAGAGGGGGAGCAGCGGCCUAGGGGCAGCAGAGCACAGAUGAAGCCUCCUCCAGGAGGAGGGC